AUGGGUCUGGGUUCUCCAGGGGAAUCCAAUAUAAUUACAAGGUCCUACAAGGGGGGAGAGGGAUUGGAAGAGGGUCAAAGUCAGAGAGAGGUGAGAAAUCCAAAGGACAGUAGAGAGAAAUGCAACAUGCUGGUGUUGAAGAUGGGGGAGGAGCUACAAGCCAAGGAAUGCGUGCAGCCUCCCGGAGCUGGAGAAGGCAAGGGAGAGGAUCCCUCUGGAGCGUCCAGGAGGGGGCACAGCCCUGCCAGUGCCGUGAAUUUAGCCAGUGACACCUGGGCCAGACCUCUGACCUCCAGAACUGUAAGAUAA